AUGAGCUGGUUUUCAAGUAAAAAGAAGGAAUUCUCAGAUGAGCCAAUAAUCCAAGAAAGGAUCAUCAAAGUAAAUGGAGAUCCAGCUGUCAAGUCAUACCGCAGAGGUAAAUUCCUUGGCAAAGGUGGUUUUGCCAAAGUUUACGAGUUUUAUUGUCAAGAGUCCAAAGAGCUCAUUGCAGGCAAAAUUCUCCCCAAAACUGCUUUAAUCAAAGCCCGUGCUCGUCAAAAACUAAUGAACGAAAUCAAGAUCCACCGUUCUCUUCACCACAAAAACAUCGUUGGCUUCGACCAUUACUUUGAAGACGGCGAAAACAUUUAUAUUCUUCUUGAACUCUGCACAAACCAAACCCUUUGUGAAGUCAUGCGACGCCGAAAACGAAUUACAGAAAUAGAAGUACAAUACUACAUUUUCCAAUUGAUCCAAGCUUUACGAUAUUUGCACACGCAUAAGGUCAUUCACAGAGAUAUAAAAUUAGGUAAUCUUUUUAUAACCGACCAAAUGGAAUUAAAGCUGGGAGACUUCGGGCUUGCUGCAAAGGUUGAAUUUGAUGGAGAAAGAAAGCGCACUAUAUGUGGGACGCCGAAUUAUAUUGCCCCAGAAGUUAUUGAUGGUCGACAAGGACAUUCUUAUGAAGUCGACAUAUGAAGCGUAGGAGCCUUAAUGUUUACACUUCUGGUAGGAAAAGCUCCUUUUGAAGCUGUUGACCUGCAUUCAACCUAUCAAAAUAUCAAAACGCUUAGUUACUCUUUUCCUGAGCAUUUGAAGAUCUCGAAAGAAGCAAAAAUGAUCAUUGGGGAUAUUUUAAAAGUGGAUCCUGCCGAAAGACCCAGUCUAGAUCAAAUUUUAUCGUCACCGUUUUUUACAAGAAAUCCGAUCCCAAAGCAGCUGCCUGCUAGUACAUUAGCUGUGCCGCCAAGCAACUCGUUUCUGCACCAAUAUAAUUUGCAAAUAAGGCAUACUAUUAACGGAUAUGAAGCAAUUUUGGAACGUGGAGCUAUGACAGCGAGAGAAAAUAUUCAAAGGGUUAUUAGUUUUGAUGAGGCAAAUGAAAAUGCGAGAAAUGGAUGUGCACCUUUAAAUGUGGAGAAAGGGUGAGAAUCAGCAAGAGAGAAAAUUACUGGGAGGCAAAUAAGUUCAGAAAGCGGCUGGGAUGCUCACUCCCCCUCCGUGAGCAAAUAAAAUAAUUGGAAAAUUUCUACUUUAUGGGUAAAAGCCCACUCCUAUGUGUGAAUAUUAAGUGUUUUUAGAAAAAAAAUAGUUCGAUGUAUAAGUGAUAAUGUUAUAAUGAAAUUAGCUAAUUCUGUUUUCUUGAAUUUUAAAAUAUAAAUUUUACAAGUUUAUAUUAAUUUUUGUUUGAAAAAAUUUAAAUUCCCUAUAUAAACGAUCAAAAUUUUUGGUGCGCUCUCUGAGGAUGGGAGUCAGGAAAAAGCGAGAUCAACACCAGCAAUUUCAGAAAGAGGAUGUGAUUAAUCUUAACAUUAAAUUAGAUUUAUAGAGUAGCUCCGCGGGGUUUGGCUUCUAAAAAAUUCGAAAAAUCGAAUUUUCUAGUCACCUAUCAGCCAAGAUGAAAAUUCAGGACACAAAACCUAAUAUUGGGGUGGAAAACAUUCCCUGUAGGCCAGGAGGAAUCUCUGGUUCCUGCUGCAAUACCCUUUCCAACUCCGAACUCCAUUUCCUCCUAGGCAAAACCUUGGAAUGGAAUGAACUUUGUUUGGCCUAAUCCGAUGUUGAGCUUCACCAAGCAUAUUAAAUCCUGGCUGGAUACACAUUACCAAAAAUCAUCCUCCUUUCCAUAAGGUCCCUUGGCUUCCACAGCUAAAGGUGCUAAGAGGGUAGGUUAUUUCACCACGUCAUUUAAAGUAUAUGGGGUGUGAUACACCGAUUUCGCCUUCAGAAAAAGAAUGCGAUAUGCCAGCUUCAGAAAGGGUAUCAUUAACUCCUGCGUCAAAGAAAAAAGUCACCAUCUGAUCUAGCUAUUCAAGCUCUAAACCUAAUGAAGGGCCAAUGUUGUGGAUUAAGAAAUGAGUUGAUUAUUCUGACAAGUACGGUGUUGGAUUUAUGCUUUCUGACUUGAUUAUUGGAGUUUAUUUUAACGAUGCUACCAAAAUGAUAAUAAGGCCAAAUAGCAAUACUUUUCAUUAUAUUACCAAGCAAGCUCAUUCAAACAGCGAAACAAUAAUAAUGCACACACUCCAAGAUUUUCCAAAAGAGCUGAACAAAAAAGUCACUCUCUUGCAGCACUUUCAUAAAAAUUUGCUGAUUAAUGAAAAAAUAGAGAACUCAAACGAUAGCGACCCACUCGUAUACGUCAAAAAAUGGCUUGCAACAACUCAAGCACACAUCUUUAGACUAAGCAACAACAUUGUCCAAGUAUUUUUCAUUGAUAAAACCGAACUUAUGCUUUGCGAUGAAGGAAAAACAGUAGUUUAUGUUGACAAACUCAAAGCAAAGUUUUUAUAUUCAUUAAGCAAUGUCAUGGACAGCGGAAAUACAGAUCUUUCAAAAAGAUUGAGGUAUACAAAGGAAGCACUCAAAGUAAUGCUCCAAAACCAGAAUCCUGCACAAUUGCAAGAAAGCAGCUUGUUUAACUAA